AACAGAGGGGACAUUGCAAAAGAACAGACACCCCCUUGAAACGGAAGACCUUUCUAGGGUUUUUUUUAUUCGUUCUUCUUUUCUUCCCCUUUUGCCCUUCUCUCUCUCUCUUCCUCGCAGUAAUGGCGGAAAGAGAGAAAGGUCUUGGAGUCUUCCUCCUCAUCAAAACAAUCCCUUGAAUUUCUCUCUCUGCAGCAAAUUCGGUUUUCUGUUUUUGGCCUUUUCUGUAAGUUUAAGAGAAGAGAGAGAGAGAGAGAGAGAGAGAGAGAGAGAGAGAGAGAGAGAGUAAGAAACGUAAGGGAAGAAACAGGAGAAACAGAGAGGAAGAGAUGUCGUCGGCAACGAUUAGAGUAGAGAAGGCGACGAGCGAUCUUUUGAUCGGUCCGGAUUGGACCAUGAACAUCGACAUCUGCGAUUCCAUCAAUUCCGAUCAUUGGCAAGCAAAGGAGGUGGUCAAAGCUGUGAAGAAGCGUUUGCAGCAUAAAAAUCCCAAGGUUCAACUACUUGCUCUAACGCUUUUGGAGACAAUGAUAAAAAACUGCGGUGAUUAUGUACAUCAUCAAGUUGCUGAACGGAAUAUAUUAGCAGAAAUGAUCAAAAUUGUUAAGAAGAAGACUGAUAUGCACGUGAGGGAUAAGAUUCUAGUGCUGCUAGACUCUUGGCAAGAAGCAUUUGGAGGGCCUGGAGGAAAGUUUCCUCAAUACUACUGGGCAUAUGAUGAAUUGCGGCGAUCUGGAGUAGAAUUCCCAAAGCGAUCUUUAGAUGCAGCUCCAAUAUUUACUCCUCCAGCCACACAUCCAGGGGCAAGACAUUCUCAAGCAGGGUAUGGAAUGCCCAGCGAUACCACUAGAAGACUGGAUGAAGCAAUGGCAUCUGAGAUGGCAAGUUUAAGUUUAUCAAACCUUGAUUCCAUGCGGAGUGUUAUGGAACUUCUAACAGACAUGCUGCAAGCUGUGAACCCAAAUGACCGAGAGGCUGUUAAGGAUGAAGUGAUAGUGGAUCUGGUCGGUCAAUGCCGCUCCAACCAGAAAAAGCUAAUGCAGAUGGUAAAUUCAACUGGUGAUGAGGAGCUUCUGGGGCAAGGUCUUGCAUUAAAUGACAACCUACAAAUCUUGCUUGCAAAACAUGACGCGAUAGCCUCUGGUUCUCCUCUGCCAGCUGAAGCUACCAGCUCCAGCCCCAGCCCCAGACCAAAUGCCCCUGCUGCGGCUGGAGCCGAUCCUCCGCCAACUGAAGCAGUUCACUCUAGCUCUGGAACAAAUGCACCUGGGACGCCUGCAGUGGUUGUAGGUGAUCGGUUCGAAGAAGAGGAAGAAGAGGAUGAUGACUUUGCCCAGCUAGCUCGCAGACGUUCGAGAACCAGCCCCAUGCCUUCUGAGGGCGCAUCUGAUGCAACCAUAGCCACGGGCACACCAGCAGCUGCAACCUCCACACUGAGCAAUGCAUUGGCCUUGCCCAACCCACCAACUCCGGUGCGGACCACGAAGGAACAAGACAUGAUCGACCUCCUGAGCAUUACUCUCUCCACAAACCCAUCGUCUCCCCAUACCCCUCUAACACCUCCCAGCGCCUCCAAUAUUCCACAGACACCUCCCGGCGCCUCCAAUAUUCCACAGACACCUCCUUCCGCCUAUAAUCAAUCUGCACAUCAGGUACCAGUGGCCCCCAACGCACAAGGGUAUCCCUAUGGCCCACAGCCAUAUCCUGCAGGCCAAGGGCAGGUACCCUACAGCUACGUUGUCCCAUGGGCUCAACCUCAACCUCAAUUCCAACCACAAUCUCAGCUGCCCCAAAACUCAUCCAGCUACCCGCCCCCACCAUGGGCCUCCGGCACCAAUAACCACUAUAGCCCACCGCCGUCUUCGAGUCCUUACUCAUAUCAAAUGGCUCAACCCAACCCUGCUGGUGGUUCCUACAUGCCUAUGCACGCCGCCAGACCCUUGCGUCAGUAUAAUUCAUUUGGGUCAAGAGGGAAUAUCAAUUCAGCUUCUCCACUCAGAGAAACUCUGGGGAGCCCCACAGUGAGGCAUGUGGGACCCACGAUGGGAAAUAAGCCAUUCAUUCCUUCAUACAGAUUAUUCGAAGAUCUGAUUGAUUUGAGGAAUGCGGAUGGAGGAGUUAAGACGAAUGGGGCCUCCCAAACUGGUAGUAGCCUGUCCGGAUCACCAGGACAAAGCAUGGUGGGAGGGAGGAAGUGAAGUUCAUGGAUUGUAGGAUACAUAUCUUGCACUGCUACAUUCCUAUGUGAGAUUUCUGCCAAACUGGUUUUUAUGAGAUAUAUAUGUGAAUGUGUUGUAUAUUCAGUAACUUUAUUUAAAAUUUCAAUGUAUUUGGAGCAUAUUGUCUGCA